AUGAAUGACGAUGAUGGAUAUUGUAUACUUUUCCUUAUAAUCGUUAACAAAAUCCUCAAAUCACAUCCAGGUUUUACCAUGACAACACAGGGCAACAAAGAGGUUAUCGUGAAUGGAAUUCAAAAAAUAUCUCAAGAACAAUGGCAAGCUGACGUACUCCUCAAGGCAGGAGACAGUGUUGAGGGUGCAGCUAUCCCCGCACGCAAACUUGUUCUGGCAGAAAGAUCAGUGGUGUUUAAGAAGAUGCUAGAACCAGACGAGAUCAAGGCUUCGGCGAAGCUAGAGACAGUAACUCUCUAUGAGAUGAAACACGAAGAAGUUGAGGCUUUAGUUGAGUUCAUGUACAGUGCUGAUGGCUCCAUUCCUUGUCAAAGUCUCAGGAAACAUGCACGAUCACUCUAUCUUGCAGCUGACAAAUAUGAGAUUCCACAUCUAAGGGACAUAUGCAGAAAAGAGCUUAUAUCCUCUCUCAAUCCAUCUAAUGCUGUUAGCAUCCUUGAGCUUGCCCAAAUCCCUUUAGACAUAGUCCUUCACCAUUGCGCAUUCGCGGUUGUCAGGAGCAAUUUUAACACGAUUGCUUACUCUGAUAAGUUCAAGUCGUUUGCCAUCAAUUACCCAGAUCUUGCCGUGGAGAUAAUGAAAAGUUAUCUUACUUCCUCUAAGAGCAGAAAGAUUUGUAGUUACUGUGGUUCCCGUUGUCGUUCCUGCUGCAACUACUAG